UCCAGAGCAGCGGAUCAACAUUUAGACUUUCAAGAAAAGUAACUUUUUUAUUUCAUAUUUAGGAAGAGGGGACUUUCGCGAACUCGAAAAAACCCGACCCGUCAUAUUCGAAAGAAGACGUCAUCGAGUCCAAGCUCCAGGCGUAUUUCAAUCCAUUGUGUCCAUGAUUUGCGACAAUAGGUUCGGUCAAUUUAAAUCUUGAAGAUUCCACAAACACUAUGUCUGGCAAGGGAUUAUCUUAUGGUCUCAAUAUCACAAAGAAGCCAAAUGGUGCAAAACAACCUCCUGCGAAAAGGAAACCCAUAUUUGGUGGAGAUGACGAUUCAGAUGAGGAUACCAAAACCGGAGAUGGUGGAAUAGAGGAAAUUGGUGAGCUUGAAGAGGCACCAUCUAACCAAACUGUUGCGAAGCCUAUACAGAAGAGAGGUCCUCAAAUUUUGAUUGGAUCUAAACCAAAACUUAAUCCCUCGAAAAAAGCGCCCAUAAGUAUGUAUGGCGAUCUUUCGAGUUCAUUGACGUCGAAAAAACACGCGGAUACUGCAGAGGAGCUUGAUGCAAAUAUUUAUGACUACGAUGCAGUUUACGAUUCGUUGAAGCCAAAGAAGAAAGUAGUGGUGGAGGAGGAUGAACGGAGGCCGAAGUAUAUGGGCAACCUUAUUGCCGCGGCUGCGGUGAGAAAGCGCGAUUCUACAAUAGCUGAGGAGAAGAAGCUUGCGAGAGAAAGAGAAACUGAAGGGGAUGAAUAUGCGGAUAAGGAGAAAUUUGUGACAUCAGCCUACAAGAAACAACAGGAGGAGAAUCGCCGGUUGGAAGAAGAGGAACGAUUAAAGGAGGGGGAAGAGCAGAGAAAGAAUAAGGGAACAGGGAUGACCAACUCUAUAAAAUAUGCUUGAAAGGGGUGAACAGCUACAUGCUGAAGUAGUAAAGGCUGCAGAGGAAAGGAUUAAACGAGGACCUCAGGAAGAUGCUAUAGAGGAUGAAAACACGAAGACUGAAGCAGAUAUAGCCCGGGAAAUCAACGAGAAACGUGCAGGAACUAUUACAGUCAACGAUGAAGGCCAGGUUGUUGACAAAAGGGAACUACUCAAAGGUGGACUGAACGUGAUACCAAAGGCAAAAUCAGCGUCUAACGCGAGGUUAUCAAGAAGCGGAGGCUCAAUGCCUGAUCGCGGAAGAGGUAAUGCAUUUGUGAAAGCCGGGGGUGGAAAACAAGCUAUGCGUGAACGACAGUCACGAAUGAUGGAAGAACAAUUGGAACAAGCUACCAAGCGAGCUUUAGAAGAAGAGGAAGAAGAAAAGCAGAAAAUCGAAAGAGCUUCUAAGAGUAGAAAGACUGAAGGCGAUAUUAUGAGCGCCAAGGAGAGAUACCUUGCUAGAAAAAGGGAGGCGGAAGAAGCAAAGAAAAGAGGAGAUUGAGGAACUUUCAUAAGUUCUAACAGCAAGAUGCGCUCUGAGGUUCUAGCUGGAAUCCAUAACUAACAUGGAAGCUGGUUGAAAUUAUUUAUACUCAUGGCCGCAAAAGGUUGGUGUAUUAAUAAAGCCUAAGGAAGUCGAGGAACAGAUGGGCUCCAGGGAUUAUAAUCAAGACAUAUAACAGCAUAAUCACGAGCUAUAAGCAAGAGCGAAGUAUAUUGGAUACCCAAACACCCUCGAGGAAUAAUACUCCAUGCCUAUCAUGUCACAUGAAUAGUACAUUUGAGGAUAGUUGAAGCUAGUUCUCGCGUCCAUGCAACUGCAGCAUGUAAAUACAAUAAACAAAAU